UUGCCUUGCCGCCUCCGCCUCUCGGUGCGGUGGACUGGACGGCUAUAAAGCUUCGCCUCCACUCCCAACCGCGCAGCGAAACCCUACUCAACUUCUUCUCCUUUUUACGCUGCGAUUAUUUCGGCUUUUAUAUCAAAAUUCUUCUUUCUUCGCAUCCGCCGCGCGAAUCCGAUUCUAAGGCGGCGGCGGCGGGCCGCUAAAAACGGCGGGAUAAAUUGACUCGAUAAAAACGAGCGAUCCAUUUUAGGUGGUGGCGGUGGAGAAUUGCUCUGGAGGAAUCCAUUUUUAGUGCGGUGCCGGCGCGAUCGGUCCGGGAUCGGGAGCUUUUUUCAGGGAGCGAGAGGCGAGAGGAGCGGCGACGACCAGCCAGCCCAACCCACCAGCCCGCGGCCCGCGUCGAGGGAGAGGAUUAGGAGGAGGGAAGGGAGCCGGUGGUUGCGAGGAUGGCAGGGAGCAUGCAGGCGGCGGAGGCGGCGGGGCGGCUGAGCGCGCUGCUCUCGCUGCUCGCGCUGCGGCGGUUCCUCGCCGUGCUCCAGCCGCUGGCCCUGCUCCUGCUCCUGCCCUUCCGGUGGCGCGCGCGGCCGGGGGCCGUGGCGGCGGCCGCCGUCGACGCCGCGGCCGCUUCGGGGGCCAGCGGGAAGAAGGGGAAGGCGGCGGUGGUGCUGCGGGUGCCGGCCGGGUCGCCCAUGGUCGCCGCGCGGAGGCAGGCGUCGGCGCGGAGGGAGGUGGCCGUGCGCCGGGUGCGGGAGGGCGGACGGGAGUAUGAGCUCAUCCCCACCGCGCGCGGCGAGACGCUCUUCACGCAGUGCUGGUGGCCGCACCUGCCCUCCUCCACCAUUAAACCAAGGGCGCUUGUCGUGGUCAUGCACGGGUUAAACGAGCACAGUGGGAGGUAUGAUCAUUUAGCGAGGCGGUUGAAUGAGAUCGGCAUCAAGGUCUACGGGAUGGACUGGACUGGCCAUGGUGGAAGUGAUGGUCUGCAUGGAUAUGUGCAGUCUCUUGAUCAUCCCGUAAAUGACUUGAAAAUGUACCUCAAGAAAGUCUUAGCUGAGAACCCUGGUCUUCCAUGCUUCUGCUUUGGGCACUCAACUGGUGGAGGCAUCAUUCUGAAGGCUGCACUUGAUCCGGAGGUAGAAACUUGCAUUAGCGGUAUUGUCCUGACAUCACCAGCUAUUCGUGUUCAGCCUGCGCACCCAAUCAUAAGGGUUAUGGCACCAGUUUUUGCCCUCAUCGCCCCAAGAUACCAGUUCACCGGUUCACACAGGAACGGUCCAUCGGUGUCGCGCGACCCCGAGGCCCUGAGAUCCAAGUACUCGGACCAGCUCGUGUUCACCGGCUCCAUCCGGGUCAGGACGGGCUACGAGAUCCUCCGCCUGACGUCGUACCUGCAGCAGCACCUGCACCGGAUCGCCGUCCCAAUGCUGGUGCUGCACGGCGCCGACGACCAGGUGACCGACCCCGAGGGCUCGCGGGCGCUGUACGAGCAAUCCUCGUCCUUGGACAAGUCCAUCAAGCUCUACGACGGGCUGCUGCAUGACCUCCUGAUCGAGCCCGAGAAGGAGAAGGUGAUGAACGACAUCGUGGCGUGGUUGAGCCCGAAGAUUUGACGACGGCCGUGCUGGCCGAUCCGUAGGACGCAGCUUUGAUCACCUGCUGAGCGCGGAGGAUUGGCUGGCGAGCAGCCUCACCUCCUGGCGGUGAUGACGCGGUCUGAUCAGCUGCAGAGCGGGGACGGCGAGACGAGAGUCCCUCGCCUCCCGGAGGUGUUAAUACUACCUAUGGUGAUGGCUUACCCAUGCCGCCCAGUGUGUCCCGAGAUUUUUUGUCAGGGAUACGUAUGUACGAAAUCUGUAAAUUGUUCGUUUCGCCCUGUGUGGCUGCACGAAUGGUGCCCAAUAAUAUUUAGACGCCUCUUCCCCUCA